AUGGAACAGCAUCUCCAAAUUUCGACGGUGGCAGAGAACUGCAGAAAUGCUUUCGGAGCGUGUAUUGAAGCAGCACUGGCCGAUGCGACUGAUGAGGAGAGGACACAGCUCGGGUUGGCUGUGGAAGAACAAAGUCAGCGCUUCAAUAUUUGGACGGGAAAUAUUGGGGUAUUUGCCGAUCCAAAAGCCUCCCUUGAUUUCCGUCUUCGCGGCAGUGAGCCUGUUCAUCGACUGGUGAUUUCGCAGCUUAGGAUUCUCCUUACAUUUCUUCAAGGACUGAAUAGUGCAUUGACACCAAAUGCGACAUUCCGUUCCGAGUCUGACAUGAAUCUAGACAACCCUGAUCACGAUAUUGGGAAGGAUCGGACUGAUACCGACGAGUUCAAGGAAUCCGACUUCGGGACUGACACGGAAUCUGCUUCGACUGACUCGUCUUUGGUUCGCGCUUGUUCCCCAUCUCCAGCCAUUCCCCACGCUGCUCAGCAGUUGAUCACUGCCCGUGAAGCAAUUGGAAGGCUCCACAGACUUGCGCGAGCGAUCCGAAGGCCCGGUCUCCUAUCUCGGAACUCUAAAGCAGACAAAUUUAUUAUUCUUGAUUCGUUCGGAAACGAUGAGAUCCAGGCCUUCGAGGACUUUGUUUGGCAGUGGGUCGGCCUUCGAUUUAAAGAUACUAGUCCAGCGCUCCGCCGCCGCUUGACCCAAGUCAACGCGAUCCGGCGAAGGCGUUUCCUGUAUCUGGUCGAGCAUCAGAAGCAUCUCCGCGGGAAGAAAUUUGACUUCCUACGGCUCGCACUCUCUGGUUCUCCUCCCGGGAGUCAGUAUGCGGCAAGCGCGAGAAUAAGUACGACGGCCAGAUCCAAGCCUCCAGAGCCAAAUAUCGAUCUCCAAGUGCCAGCGAUCCUCCAACGGGAUGCCAUCGAUACAGCCCCCGGACUGGGCGAUGCGACGACCUUCGUGGGAUCCAAUGUUCAAACGGAAGCUUCCUCUAUGUUCACUCCAUCAUCGCCAUCGUCCGUAGGGAGCGUCUUUGAUAAACUUUGCAUCCCUCCUCCGCCUAAGAUUCCCCAAGGCAGGCCCGAGUUUGAGUGUCCCUAUUGCUUUCAGAUGCUGCCAGCAGAUCACGGGCUCAGUCGAAAGAAAUGGAGGAAACAUCUUAUGAGAGAUUUGGAGCCAUACGUAUGCUUUGCAGAAAGCUGCUCGGACCCCAAUCAUCCCUUUCGUGAUCGCCAUGAGUGGGUCGACCACAUGCGAAAGCACAAUAUUCAAUGGCGGUGCCGACAGCCUGGCCAUGAGCCAAUGACAUUUCACGCGGAGCAAGACUUCAAUUCGCAUUUGGAGAUCGAACAUCAACAUCUGUUGAAGAACCCAACUUUGUUUCAAUACGCCAAACGAAACAGCGUCGUCACCACGAACAGUGUGUUCUCACAAUGUCCUUUAUGUCCGUUCAGAGCAGCUCCCGACCCGCCAGUUGGCCGAGUGAUGGACCGCAUGCGCAGGAUCCCCUCCGAGACGAAAACGGGAUUGUCCGCGUCAACUCUGAACAUGCAGAGGCAUAUCGCGUCCCAUUUUCAGUCGAUCGCGAUCCUGUCACUUCCUUGGCGUGACGAUGUGGACGAGCAGAUCCACAGCGACCGGCCUGGAACCCGAGAGUCCGACAGCGACUUUGGGAGCGGUUCUGCACCUAAUCUAUCCGAUACAGAAGACCUUGGUUCUGCGUUGGUUGGUCUUGAAGACAUGGAAGAAGAACUCCAGUUCGAUGAUCCAUGGACCCCCUUGGAUGUUACUAAUCCUGAAGAGUGGACGUUCAUUCCGAGGACCUCCUACAAUGGCCACGAUGCAGACCCGGUUCUGCUUAACUUCACGAAGAGGUUCCUAAUCGAAUCGCAGUUCGGCGAUGGGACUGCAGUGGAUCCAAUCCUCCCUUGCAAAUACAUACCCUUCAAUAAUCGAAACACUGACUUCUUUGGGCGAGCUGACGUUCUGAACACUCUGGUAGAAGCGCUUCGCCCCCCAGGAGUGGCUCCGCAAAAGUUGGAGAUCAUGGAUCCUACCGCUCCCAAUCGGAGCUUUUCUACCAACAGCGGAGGCAGUGGAAGCAACCCCCCAGGGAGUGUCCAGCAGUCGGACUCACUCUUGACUCCCUCAUCAGCUCUCGUUCCGGACGAAGUUCUGUCAUCAUCUUCUACGUCUUCAUCGGAAGCAGACUUGGAAGCGGACUUGAAAGCGGACUUGAGGAAUGGUGAGAAGCUUCGCACUUUUGCCUUAUUUGGACCCGGCGGAAUAGGGAAGUCACAAGUGGCUGGCGAAUUCGUCUGCCGAUACUUCGAAAAAUAUGACGCUAUUUUCUGGGUGCAUGCCGAUGAGCAAAACAAACUGACGGAGGAAUACUCUCGGAUCGCCAUCCAGCUUGGCCUCGUGCCAGAAGUGGUAGCUGAUGGUAGGGAUCGAGCCUUGACCCGUGAUCUUCUCAAAGCAUGGCUGGCAAAUCCGGUGAAGAGCUUUACAGACCCCUCCAAAGGAAAGGCACGAUGGUUGUUGGUUCUGGACCAUGUGAUUGACCCCGAAUUGCUUCGGGAUUUCUGGCCAACGGACGCGACGAACGGAUCAAUUCUCCUGACUAGCCGAAGAGUGCUGCCUUGGGAUCAGACGUAUUAUCCCGGACUCACCCUCAAGCCCUUCACUGCCGAAGAAGGAGCCGAUUUUAUUACCCAUCUCAUGGAAGGACCCAUCUCCAGCCAAGAACGGCAGUGCGCCAAACUCAUUGCGAACAGCGUCAAUGGGAUUCCAUUGGCAUUAAAACACCUGACCAAGAUUGUUCAGCAAGAAGAAUGGAGUUUCGAGGACUUGAUCAAGUUUGAUAGCGACCCUCAAGAACGGAAAAAGGUCCAGAUACACGGCGAGUUGGGGCGAUUCCUGGCCGACCAUUCAUUUUUGAAAUGGGCAUUCGAGAAAGUGAAGCCUAGUCGAGCGCUGCUGGAUGUGCUUUCAUUUUUUGAUCCUGAUGGAAUUCCAGAGCGAUUGAUAGUCACCGGGGCAGGAAAGGUGGAGCUCGCGAACUUCCCGGGGUCGGGCAGCGAUUGCCAAAAUGCAAUUUCGGCGUUAAGGAAGUAUUCCCUCGUGCAGCGCAACAAGGUUGACCGAUCGAAGCUGUUGAUGCACCGGAUCUUUCAAGAGGCGGUCCGGAGACAAAUGAGCCAGGAAUACUAUCGGCAGGUAUUCAAUGCCAGCGUAAAGAUCAUCUCCUUAGCCUGGCCCUUUCGUGCAUUUUCGUGGGGACACAGCAUUCGAUGGUGGCCGGAAUGCGAAAUCCUGCUGCCUCACAUCAUUCGAAUGCGAUCAUGGGCAACUUAUAUUGCUACAAUGGAAGAGGAUAUCAGCGGAGCUUAUGAGUACGCACGCCUGAGCUGCAAAGCAGGAUGGUACUGCCACGAGCGCGGUCAGCCCCUUGCCGAGAUGUUUUGUAACCUUGCGCAAACCAUCUGCGAGUCCCUGAAGUCAUUCUACCCCCUUUCGGAGGGCCAACAGAAAAACGCGAGCCCAAAAGAAUGUGACAUUGAUACCAUCCUCGCUGAAAUUCACCACAAUCGGGGCGUCAUCGCCGUGGAGAUGAACCGACCCGAAGAGGCACUCAACCACUUGACAAAGUUCAAUGACAUGAUGAAGAAGGAGCUUGAUGGUCGUUCCCAGGGUAAAGACAUGCGAUUUGCCAUUUCCUGGAAUCAACUCGGAGUGGCGUACAUGGUGAACGACAAUAUUGAAAAGGGUGAAGAAUGCUUCAUCAAGUCGAUAAAAACCAUGAAACAGCUGGAAAACUACCGGCCAUAUCUCAUCUCACUCCCGCUAGUCAACCUUGCACUGGUGUAUUGGCUUACCAACCGACGAGAUGAUGCCCUUAUCGCUUUGAACGAGGGCGUGGAGGCUCGAUCACGGUUUUUUGGUCCGAACGACCGUGAAUCAUUCAUCACGGGGAGAUUCCUGCACGCCAUCGGCAACGUCAAAGAAUCUCAAGGGUUCCUCGACCAAAGCCUAGACUAUCAUCAGCAAGCACUUGAUCACUAUCUCCUUACCCUUGGAAGAAACCACCAUCGAACAGCCGACGUUCGAGUCCGAAUCGCAAAGCACUGUCUUCGGCAAAUCAAUGCAGCUGAAGCCCUCGUCGGGCUACAAAAAGCUCUAGCUGCAUAUGGCACCGACACAAUUUAUAGUCCCGAACGAGCUCGAGCCAAAUUCAUGGUCAGCCAAGCAUUGAGGAUACAAGGACAGUUGGAGGAAGCAGACUUGGCCGCACAGGAGAGCUACAGUUUGUAUUUGACGUGUCGGCCGAAAGAGGCGAGGUCAUUUGGACAACUGACCGAAGAAGACUUUGAGAAAGCGAUUGUGUUCUGGUCGAGGUAA